AUGCCCCGAGACAAUGUGACUUAUUGGAGGCUUUGGGAUCGUGAAGGGAACGCUUACAAUUUCAAUGCAUCAUGCCAAAUAACCCAGCCGCUGGGUAAUGCUGCGAUCACAAAUCCCGAGUUCACCAUAGAUCACGCGAAUGGCAGUGAACACUAUCGAUCUGUGGAAUUCGAUCGGGAUAUAACGUGGCAUGUCUAUUCUGGGUUCAAACCAAGAGCCUCAUCUGAUCUAAGAUUGCAUGAAGAUAUCGAUAACUCGAAGUUCACAGGGGUCACAAACCCAUUGAUUAUAUUUGGCCAUGCGAAGAUUGGAUAUGACCCGAGUUUCUUCGACUCGCCGGAUCCGACCAAAGGGGUUUCAAACCAGGAAAUUAAUCGGGAUGUUACUACGGUGGAGACUUCAAAUAUUGACUACGGCAAUGAAUUCUGGAAUGAAUGUCAUGUGUUGGAAGCCAACAUCCAGUUCCCCAAAAGCGCCUUCGGGACAUGGCAUGAGUUUCACGUCAUCCCAGUUGAAUUUGCAUCCUACGGCAUCAAUGCUAUGCCGCUGCCCCAGGAUCUUCUGGUGGGAUCAAGCUCGUUCGGAUGUUUAGAAAAGAAUGGACGAAAAGAACUGUUCCAACUUCGCUCUACUCCGGGGGAUCCGUCUACACAGCGAGUUGCCAGCAUCGGUCUGGGACACGUCAUGACAAAUAUCGUCAACUCUUCAAAUAUGGUGGCAUUGCAAAAGGACGGAGAAGAUGUGAAUGGUACCGCAUACGCCAUCGAAGUUUACGUCGGGGCCACUGAACAACUUCAAGUGGGAUGUAAAAAGAGGCAGCAGGCAAAUAUGUUCAACUUCGGGGUUUCUCGUGAGAAGAAGAAUUUGAGAUUGGAAAGAGAGGGUGCAGAUGCCGAGGCCUCUUGA